UCAUUAACUGAAGCUUUCUGGGGUAUGAUUGUGCUUGCUAUUUUAAAUGCAAGAAGCUACCUAAUGGCCGGGUGAUGAAAAGUAUUGCAUCUGGAUUUUUGUGGACAAAUGAUAUUUGAAGCGAAGUGAGGGCAAAACCCAUAAGUUUGGAGUGAAGAAUCCUCAGAUGAGGGCUUGAAUAACGUGACUGCACAAUGGUGAAGGCUUGCUGUUGCUUAACAUUUCUCGUGGUUGCUUGUCUCGUGGUUUCCAGCUACUCAGUAUUUUUACCAGAAAAAAAAGCCACUGAAGUCUUGAGAAUUAGGAAACGGGCUAAUUCCUUCUUUGAAGAAUUCAAGACUGGAGAUAUAGAAAGAGAGUGUCAUGAAGAAUCUUGUGAUUUUGAAGAGGUAAAAGAGAUAUUCCCAACAACAGAUGCUGCUUUAAUAUUUUGGAACAAGCAUGCUGAUGGAGACCAGUGUGAGAAUCAUCCAUGUGCCAAUAAUGCAACUUGCCAGGAUCUGAUUGGGGGCUACUAUUGUCACUGUCCUGAAGGAUUAGAUGGGCAACAAUGUCAAUAUGCGCUGAUGGCAACGAACUGCUCUGACAAUUAUGGUCACUGUGCACAUUUCUGCAAAGAAAUUCCAGAGAGAAAUAGACGGGAAUGCUUGUGUGUGAAUGGGUACAAACUAAGUGAAAACGGGUACUCCUGCAUUCCUGAAGAAGAAUAUGGUUGCGGAUAUCUCAGAACAGUAAAUAAACAACCGCAACCUCGAGUCAUGGGAGGUUUACCACAAGACCCUCGAGUCAUAGGAGGGAAGGAGAUGAAGAAAGGAAGCAGCCCCUGGCAGGUCCUUCUUAUGAAUACAAGGGGGCAGUUCAAAUGUGGAGGAGUUCUAAUUCAUCGAUUUUGGAUCUUGACUGCUGCUCAUUGCGUUGACGAAGGAGGGCGAUUUAAAGUCAGACUUGGUGAACAUAACAGAACAGUCAAUGAAAAAACUGAGGAUACUAUUAUCAUAAGUGAAGUGGUCAUCCAUCCCAACUUCACCCGCUCCAGACUGGAUAGUGACAUUGCUCUCCUUCGAUUAGCUGAAGCUGCUAUCUUCAGUGAUUACAUCCUACCAGUAUGCUUGCCCAUCCAAAUGAUGGCAGAGGAAAGAUUACUCAUUCCAGGAAACAAAGUGGUGGUAACAGGUUGGGGAGCAAUGGAUGAAAAUGAUGACAGAAUCCGCCCUUCUACUCUAUUAUUCAUCGAUAUUAACUUGGUUUCACAUGAGCUGUGCAAGGAAAGACUAGGAGACAAAAUUACAGGCAACAUGAUCUGCGCAGGAGACCCGAGUUUCCGUAAGGAUGCUUGUAAAGGUGAUAGUGGUGGACCUAUGGUCAUUGUAAAGAAUGGCACGUGGUUUCUGUUGGGACUGGUCAGCUGGGGAGAAGGAUGUGGCCAGUACCAUAAAUUUGGUGUUUACACAAAAGUGUCCAAUUUCCUAGACUGGAUAUAUUCAGUAACGAAAAUCUAAUUCUUUUCAAAUCUGCUCUGCUCAGAUUGAUUGAUUUACAGGACAAAGUGAUCUUUUUCAUCUCCUUCCAAUUCACCUACAAAUGUAUUAAAUAAUGUUGGACAAAUAUUUCAAGCUCUCUAGGUGUGAGGUGCUAUAUAUGUUGUAUUAAUUUGGUGAUAAUCUCCCAUAAUGAAAAAUCAAUAUGACUAGUAUUCAAAUAAGGCUUGUGCAUUAUGACUUAUGCUAAUAAUCUGGAAAGAAUAGUAAGUAAGCCUCAACAGAGAAAAAUGUAGUCACUACGGAUCUCUAUCCUGUUUGCUUUUUUCACCAGCAUUGUGUGUUCCUUGUUCUUUUUUCCCCAUUCUCCUAAAUAUAUAUGUUGAAAGCGCUGAUCCAAUCAUUUUAAAUGUAUUACGUCUUCCCAGGGCUUUGUCAAUAUAGUACACAAUUCAUCGAUGUACAGUGUAAUAUUCAGCUAGACAGUAAGUUUGUGUUUCUAAUUAUCUAUUAUUGAAUUCUUAAUUUUAUUUCUGCCUUUGGCAGAGUCUCUUAGUCAAGGCUAAUUGGGGCCCAAGAGAGGGGGAAGAAAGACAACAAGACUAGUAUUUGCCUGCUUCAUCAAACCACCAGGACCUAGUUCAAUAAAGGAAUUGGUAUGAGACCGGGAGGAAAAAUUUGUUUCUAAAAUGGAAGAGUAAAAGAUUAUACAGGAUUGGACAUAAAGAUUAAACUGAGUUGAACACAUAAUGGUCAAACAAACUAAAUGGACUGGGCUGCCAUUUAGAGAAACUUCUGAAGUUCAUGGAGUAUUAGCUCUGACACUAUUUAAGUUCUAUAUAAUAAACCUUUCUUUCAAGUUUCAA